AUGGUUGCGGGAAGGAAUUAUGACGCUAUUGUGGAAGCAUUGACAAGGUUAGCCGGUGUUAUUGGGAAAGCGCCGCAUGUGAAUGCAGGUAAUGGAGAAGAGAAUGAAUUCCGUGCUUUGGGAGAUUUCAGAAGGAACAAGCCGCCGAUCUUUGAGGGAGAGCAUGAACCUGACAGGGCACAAGCAUGGUUGAAAGCGAUCGAGAAGAUCUUCCGAGUCAUGAAUUGUACCGAUGUGCAUAAGGUGCAGUUUGGCACUCAUAUGCAAGAGAAGGAAUCUGAGGAUUGGUGGAGUAACACUGUGCAAAGAUUUGAUGAAGAAGGCAUGGAAAUUACUCGUUUUGUGGAGUUGGUUAAUAAGAGUCAGAUUUAUGAUGAGGAUAGUAGGGACAGUGCUUCUCACUACAAGUCUUCGAAUGAUGGGAAAAGGAAAGGACAAUACCUUGGAAAACCAUAUGAUGAUAAGAAGCAGAAAUCUGGUUAUGGCGAAAAUCCAAGCGGGGGAGGAGCUAGUACUUCAAUUAAGUGCUUCAAGUGUGGUGUGGAAGGACAUCGUGCUAAUGAAUGCAACAAGAUUUCUGAAAAGUGUUUCAAGUGUGACAAGCCCGGUCACAAAGCUUGGAUUGUAGAGUUGGUUCGGGUGUGA